CGUUUUGUGUCUCGUUACGGGCGGACGUAUUUUAAUUGUGAUCGCUUUGCAACUCUUCAGACUCUCUCACUGUCUGAGUCUCUGUCUCUGUCUCUGAUAAGUGUUCUCCAAGUCUCCAAACAUGCGCUCUUUGUGGCUCGGUUUGGCACUGAGCUGUCUGCUCUCAGCUCCAUUGCAAGUCAUUGCCGCUGGUCCCAAUCUCAUUUGCUAUUAUGACUCUCGCGGCUUUCUGCGACAAGGUCUCGCUCAGUUUUCGCUCACCGAUUUGAAGUUGGCAUUGCAAUUUUGCACUCACGUGAUCUAUGGCUAUGCGGGUAUUCAUCCAGAUACCUAUGAGAUGCAAAGUCUGAAUCAACCAUUGGACUAUGAACGUCGUCAUUUCGCCCAAGUCACUGAUCUGAAGGAAACGUAUCCAUAUGUCAAGUUUCUGUUGAGUGUCGGUGGUGAUCGGGAUUUGGAGCAGGAGGAGAAAUAUGUCAAGCUACUGGAGGCAGGUGUUCAAAGUCAAAGACGCUUCAUUGAGUCGGCCAGGGAUGUUGUGCGUCGCUUUAACUUCGAUGGCCUGGACUUGGCAUUCCAGCUGCCCCGCAAUAAGCCCCGAAAGGUUCAUUCCGGAACAGGUGCGGCCUGGAAGAGCUUCAAGAAGCUCUUUACCGGCGACUUUAUUGUGGAUCCCAAUGCCGAUACGCACAAGUCACAGAUGACGGAGCUUAUCAAGGAGCUGAGCAGCGCAUUCAAGGCCAAUGAUCUGCUGUUAAGUCUCACGGUUUUACCCAAUGUCAAUUCCAGCUGGUACUUUGAUGCACCUGCCAUUGCUCCGAAGGUGGACUUUGUCAAUCUCGGCACCUUUGACUUUGUCACACCUGCCCGCAAUCCCGAGGAGGCGGACUACUCAUCUCCACUCUACGAAGUCUUUGGCGAGAAUCGCCUGCCCCAUUAUAAUGUUAACUUCCAAAUGGAACAUUGGCUGUUGCAACGCUUUCCAGCCAACAAGUUGAACAUUGGAGUUGCCAGCUAUGGACGUGCCUGGAAACUGACUCUGGACUCGGACAGUGUGGCACAGCCCGUGGUGUCGAGCACCAAUGGCCCAGCACCAGCGGGAUUACAAACCAAGACCGAGGGACUCUUCAAUUGGGCUGAGAUCUGUCAAUUGCUUCCCAAUCCCAACAAUAUGAAUGCCAAAGGCGCCGCUGAGCCCAUAAAGCGUGUUGCGGAUCCUACAAAGCGUUAUGGCAGCUUUGCAUUUCGUGUGGCCGAUUCGGAUGGAGCUCACGGCUUGUGGAUUAGCUACGAUGAUCCCGAUACGGCGGGCAGCAAGGCGCAGUAUGUGCGGGCCAAGAAUCUUGGCGGUCUUGCUCUCUUCGAUUUGACGCUGGACGAUUUCCGAGGUCAAUGCACUGGCGAUCGAUUCCCCAUGCUGCGUGCCAUCAAAUUUCGACUACUUUAAGCUGCUUUGGUGCCAUUCAUGCUGCUCCAAAUGUCACUGAGCACGAGUACUCACUGUACACUAGAGCCUGUAUCUGUGUGUGUAUCUGUAUCUGUAUAUGUAUCUGUCCCGCUUGCAAAUUAAUUACAAAGUUGUAAACUAAAAUGCACCGCAAAUUAAUUCAUUAAGAA